CGAUUGAGUAGAUUUUGGAUAACUGGAGUUUGUCUAUCCAAUUCAAUCAACUUGUGUUUGGAACGUCGCCAUUCAAUUUCAUUAUUUUGUAUAUAAUAUGAAUCGUGAAUUUCAGUGUAACUUAUGAAUAGCUCUAAACAUGGAUAUCAAGAUGUUGAUAACUAAUAAGUAACACUAGUACUGGUUGACCCCAAUACACGAAUGGAAUCUGUAAAGAGGCUAAGGAAAACAAAUACCCCAACAAUGCAUCCGCCAGGUUCAGUUUUUGUUAUGUUGGUUGGGUGAAAGCAUUAAAUUCCUCUGUGGAGAUGGAUCGUGAAGUACCAAGUGUUCCCAUCACCACAUUGGCAGGGGUUGCAAGUCUUACUGACUUGCUUCCUGAAAUGCCUUUACCUACCCCUUCUCCUCAAUCUUUGGGUAAUAAGUCACUUUUAUUUCACCCGAGAGUAGCAGAAGAGGCUCAAAAUCUGCUUGGGAUUCAAGAUGAAGUUUUGAUACCUCAGCUCAUUCAGUCGCUUAUCCAAACAUCCGCAGAGCAUAUUGACGUUAAAGAUAAUUAUGCUCCAUCUGAGCUUGGCCUGGAUCAGCAUGAAGAAAUGCCUUUAUUACUUAAAGCAAUGUUGAGUUCCAAUCCAUCUGUGUUCAGUGGUUUACCAGUAUGCCAGCAAAAUAAUGUUAGUCAAUCUGUUGCGAUGGUGAAUAACCAAAAACCUAGUCAACAACUUUGUCGACAAGUACAGCAAUCCUCAUCAACGCCAUCACCUCUGCUGCAUCCUUCCAUUACGAAUGAAAAUCAACUAUCUCCACCUCAGAAACAGCCAGCGCAACCAACCGCCUCUUCUGUGCCUCAAAAACAAAUAUCAUCGCCCGCAACUCAAACGUAUCCACAAGGAGCCCAACAGCAGAUGCCCUCUUCGGCACCUCAAAGUGGAAAUAGUGGGAGUUUGCAAGAGAAACCCUCUUCUCCUUCACCAGCUACAAAAGCUCCAGAGAGUACGUCGAAUCCUAGGCCUUCUGUCAUUACCGAAUUGAAAACCAAUUCUACUGUGCCUGUAAAUUGUAAAAACUCAGCAUCUUCAACCAUUAAGUCGCCUAUGAAUAUUGCUGAUGAUUGUCUGCAAGACGCAAUCCUGUCUGCUAAGGAACCACAUGCAAAUGUCACAACUGAACAGCUCAGACAGUUGAGAAGACCACCUAGAGGUGCAUCUUGUUCUUCACCUCAGCACAGUGUAGAAGCACCUUCUCCAUCACCUGUUCCUUCGAAUUUAGAAAGUAACACAAGAAGCUCCAGAGCAAGGGCGAAAUCAAAACAGGAUUCAUCACAAUCAGACAGCGAAUCUCUAAAAUCUCCCCAAACAUUAAUAACUACAAACGGAGCAAUGACAAAAGAGCCUUUGCCUGAGUAUGAUCCUAGCCAAUUGGAAGAAAAAAGUACAGAAAUGCUUACUACUUGUAUGAGAUACCCUGUAGUAAAAUUAGCUAAGUUAUCGAAUGAAGACCAGCAGCAGAUAUUGGAAAGUUUAACAAAGUUUGCUGCAAACAAACCUAAGCUAGCAAAAGACCUCGGUAUUGUACCAGAAAUUCAAAAAGACGAAGAUGUGAAGAAAAAAGAGGGAAAAGGUUCUGAAUCGGAGGAAGAUAAUCUUCCGCUUAAGAAAAAGGAGAAAAAGAAGAGCACAGUUGAAAGUGAUGAAGAUGACUAUGUACCUGAUACCUUCUCAGCCCUUGUUGGUACUAAUAGGAAGCGACGGAGGGAACCUGCCGUUGAAGAACAAACAGAAACUUAUGUUUCCAAACCGAAGUUGAGGCGUUUGGAAAAGAAGUUUGUGCCCGUUCUAGAAAAAUUAUCCCAAGAGGAAUUGAUGGAGACAAAUACUUUUUUGAGGUUCAAUAAGUCAAUAGAGCACGUGUUGAAAUCUGCAGAAGAAAUAGAUGUUACAGAAAUAAAUGAUGAUGGAAUAAUUCAAGAUGAUUACUUGUUGAGUAGAAUAAUCAUGCAAGAAUUGUGUACUGAAGCGGCAAAACUAAAAAUAUUAGGUGCAAUGGAAUCGAUCCCAACAGAUCGACUGGUUAGAUUGUUAGGUGUCUUGGAAAUUAACAUUAGAGGGGGAGAUAAAGUUUCGCCCAUAACCGAUGAAGACAGUGAGAGUAUAAGGCAAUAUUGGCUAGAAACAACAAUGGAGAGAGUGAUGGGAGCGGCAGAUGCCUGCUUGGUAUGCUUGUAUAUAAUGACAUCUCCGAACAUGCCAAAAAGAGUGUACAUAGAAGAAGUUAUAGACAGGGUGGUUUUGUUCAUUAAGUAUCAUUUGCAUAAUACCAUAUUUCCCAGUUUUGAUUCUACAUAUAGACUAGAUAACAAGAAAAAAGACGGAAGGAGAAAGAAAACAUCAGUGUCUGAGAAAGGAAUUCUACUCUUGUAUACCAAAAUAUCAGAGUUGGUAAACCUACUGGCUGAACUGCUCAACAUACAAGUUUUGACAGAUACCUCCGUUUUACAUGCAUCUUCUAUGGGUGUGUCCCCGUUUUUUGCUGAAAAUGUUAGUGAUCUUCAACUAGCUUGCCUCAAAUUAGUAACAACGAUAUUUACAAGGUAUGAAUCACAUCGGAGAUUAUUAUUAGAUGAUAUCUUGGCUUCUAUUGCCCGCCUUCCAAGUACCAAACGUAGCUUAAGAACUUACCGACUGAAUAGUGAAGAACACAUACAAAUGUUGACAGCUCUAGUUUUACAAUUAAUACAAUGUGUUGUUGCCUUACCUGAGAAUUUGACAUACGAUUGUCGUGAUCCAUUUGAGCAAGCCAAAGAGAAUGUGAAAAAUGACGUAGAUAGGGACGUGCUCAUUUGUAAUAAUAUUGAAAAGGCCAGAUCGAUUGCUGGGACAUUUCUUGCCGUUUUCUUGAACAAGUGCGGCAGCAAGAAUGAAGACAUUGAUUACCGUCCUUUAUUCGAAAAUUUCGUCCAAGAUUUAUUGUCAACUGUUAACAAACCGGAAUGGCCAGCUACAGAACUUCUUCUGAGUUUGUUGGGCUGUAUGCUUGUCAGCAAUUUUUCAAAUAAGGGAACAGAUAUGUCGCUCAGGGUUGUGAGUUUGGACUACUUGGGGGUUGUGGCAGCGAGACUCAGGAGAGACAGUGUGAUGUCCAGGUGUAAGCUCAACACUAUAGACCAAAUGAUUAAAGAUAUAAAAAACGAGGAAUCAAAAAGCAAGGAGGACGGAACUUCCAAGAAAAAGAAGUAUUCGGAAGACACAGACGAGGAAAGAACUGUAUUCCUGCAAAAAGUUCUGUUAGAUUUUCUAUCGGUGAAAGCUCAGAGUGAUCAAUCCUACAAAUAUGCAAGGCACUUCUAUAUAUCCCAGUGGUACAAAGAUGUAGUGAGUGAAAAGAUGCAUCUGGCGUCUGGAAAUAAAACAAACAAAAAGAACAUGUACAAAUCCAAAAGACGGGAAAACUCAGAGGAUGAGUUAACCGAAGAUGAAAAUAAAGAAUCUGUGAAUCAGGAGAAUGCGGAAAAAUUUAAACUUUUGGAUGAACGGAAAAAAUUUCUGAUAACCAAAAUUAAACCAUUUCAGGAAGCCAUAUCAUCUGGAAAUAGAGUACAAAUAUUUCAAACCUAUAUUGAUUACAACAGCGCUGAAUUAAUAGCUCAAUAUUUAGCAUCCAAACGGUUUUUCUGCCAAAGCUUCGACAAGUAUCUCAAAGCAAUUCUUAUAGUUCUUAAAGAAACUUCAAUCGCAAUAAGGACCAAAGCUAUGAAGUGUCUUACGAUGAUUGUGGAGGCCGAUCCAUCAGUCUUGGGACGGCACGACAUGCAAAUGGGUGUGAACCAUUCUUUUCUUGACCACUCUACUUCCGUUCGUGAAGCAGCUGUUGAUCUGGUUGGGAAAUUCGUUUUGAGUCGACCCGAGUUGAUUGACAAGUAUUAUGAAAUGCUGUCUGCAAGAAUAUUAGAUACAGGUGUCAGUGUUAGAAAGAGGGUGAUAAAAAUUUUGAAAGAUAUAUGCAUAGAAUGUCCUGACUUCCCAAAAAUACCGGAAAUUUGUGUGAAAAUGAUCAGGAGGGUGAACGAUGAAGAGGGCAUAAGGAAGUUGGUUAUGGAGGUCUUUCAGAAUAUGUGGUUCACGCCUACAAAAGACACUUCUCUAUUGAGGAAAGUUAUGAAUAUUACAGAUGUUGUAGCAUCUUCCAAGGAUAUUGGUCUGGAGUGGUUUGAGCAACUUCUAGUUAGCCUCUUCAAACCCAAAGAAGAUAAGGAGGAUUCAACUAAAGUUCAAUCUGAACCACCAAAAGCAUUAUUGCUUGCAUGUAGACAAAUAGUUGAUUGUCUAAUAGAAAAUGUGCUGCGUUUAGAGGAAACAAACGAUAAUUCUUCUGCUUCUCAAAGAUUGGUAGCUUGUCUGACGACAUUACAUCUUUUCGCAAGGAUUAGGCCACAGUUGCUUGUUAAACACGCCAGCACACUACAACCUUAUCUCGGUUUGAAGUGUCAGUCUGCUGGGGAUAUAGAGAUAAUAACAAGUGUUGCAAGAAUGUUGGAAAUGGUCGUUCCAUUGAUGGAACAUCCAAGUGAUUCAUUCCUAGCACAGUUGGAGGAAGACUCCAUCAAACUGGUACUGAAGCAAACUCGUCCAAUUGUUAGCAGCUGUUUAUCAUGUUUGGGAUCCAUCAUAAACAAAGUAACCAGGAAUUUCAAAUUGAUAAGGGACAUCUUCAAGAAAUAUUAUCAGAACCUUGUGUGUUAUAAGCAUCAAUUGGAAACGGAUUACGAGAAAUAUGUGAAUAAUAUGACCACUAGACCAACAGUGAGAAGAUCAUUUUUUAUAGUUGGGUUACUCCUUUGUCAUUUUAAUUUUAAAGAUCCAGAAGUUGUUGGCGAUUUAGAUCCCGACAUUAAAGAACAGGUGUACCAACUCAUGAUGUAUUAUCUUCAUUUGGAAGAUCAGGAUAUCCAAAUGAACACUUUGAAGGCCCUGGGAAGUAUUUGCAUAAGGCAUUACGAGUUUAUGUUGGAGAACGAUCUGAAAAUGUUCUAUCAUAAUGUGUUGGUCUCUCCAGAAGCUUCUCACAGUUUGAAAACACAGGUUCUUCUGAAUAUCGAAAAUUAUUUGGUAGAGGAAGAGAAUAGAAUGGUGCAGCAAAACUUGGAGUGGGACAAAAGAUCCAAAGAGGAAAAUUUAAAGGAAAUGGGGGAUGUUUCAUCGGGCAUGGCCAGUACAAUUAUUCAGAUAUACCUGAAGGAGAUCUUACAAGCAUAUUUGCAUACCGAUUUAUCAGUUAGAAAAGCCAGCCUCAAAGUCAUCCAGUUGGUUUUUAAUCAGGGUUUAGUUCAUCCGGUCCAGGUUGUACCCUGUUUGAUUUGCAUGAGUACUGAUGCAGAAAAACUGGUAUCACAUACAGCUGAUAAACUAUUACAAGACAUUGAAUCCAGAUAUCCGGGUUUCACACACACCAAAGCCACUUUUGGUAUACGAUUGUCUUACCAAUUACAAAAAAUUCUACAAGGAGAAGGUGUAAUCAGAGGUUGUAAAGUGAAGGAGGCUGGAGAAUAUCCAGCUGCUCUGAAUGGUUUUUUAUAUUCUCUUUUGCGCAAUAUCAGACAACAAAGACGUGCCUUAAUACUUAAUAUCUUAAAACAGUUUGAUGAGCAUGCGAGAACAACAUUAUCUUUUAUGCUUUAUUUGGCUGACAAUUUGGCUUAUUUUCCUUAUCAAGUGCAAGAUGAACCCUUAUUUAUAGUACAUCACAUUGAUAUAAUGAUCUCAGUCUCCGGUACUAAUUUAUUACAAUCCUUUAGAGAGGGUCUUAUAUUACCUGAUAACCAAAAGUUGACACUGCAAUCAGAAAAUGGUGAAAUGGUGAACAAUAGCAUAUCUGCACUGGAUGAAGAUGAUGAUGACGAAGAUGCCUUAGUCAGCAGGAUGCCAGAAGACACUUUACAUUUACAAUCAUGUAUGACUGCUGCCCAGGGUUGCUUGCUUCUGCUUAUGUUGAAACAGCACAUCAAAGAAAUUUAUGGCCUUAGCGACAGUAAGAUACAACAGUAUUCCCCAACUGAAGCAGCUAAAGUUUAUGAAAAAAGCAUAACGCGGAGGAAUAAUUCACUUUUCAAUCCAAAAUCAACGUUUCAAAAAUUGAAGCAAGGAGAUCUUUCCGAGUACUUAGAUGAAGAUGGGAGGAGGGAUCUCAUAAGGCAAUAUUUAGAUUUCAAGCAAUUGAUGUUACAACUGGAUCCUGAUGAUUUAGAUGAUGAGGAGAAUAAGGUCAUCCCCAAUAUUGCUAAUAACCUUACUGGAGUCAAUGCUAGUAACAAUGCACAACAAUCCUCUGUUCUUACACCUUCUGACCAGAUGGCUUUAGAAAAUUUCAAGGAUACGUCAACUACAACGCCGAAAGUGCCCAAAUUGGUGAUUUCAAAUAGGAGACUUGACAGUGAAACCAAACGUUCGCGAACCCAAAGAGUUUCGGAAAAAACUAGAAAACAUAGGCAUAAAAAAAAGCGGAGAAAAUACGCAAAUUCAUCAGGUGACGACAGUGAAAACGAUUACAGUGACCCAGACUUCCUGGCCUAGCCCUUGGACACUUUGAUUAGUGCUGUGUAUAGUAAUUACGUAAGAAUGAACUACAAAUUUAUAUAAACUUUUUAGGAGAUCUUAUAUUAAUUCGGUUGCAAAAUGAAUCAUGGUGAAUAUAUUCAGUUGAUGAAUUGUCUCAUGUGUGAAGUCUGUCGCAUUCAUUAGAUUGUGUUAUUUGGAAAAAUCCAUGUUGUUUAUGCGACAAACUCAGCAUCUCUUUUGUAUAAUUUUCUUACUCCUUUUGUGUUUUUCUGUAACUUUCUUGAAGGAUUAAAACUAAAACAAUAUUUUCCACAAUUAUGCUUUCUCUCAUUUCAAUAAUGCAAUUUGAUAUUCUCGAUAUUCACUAAUCAAUAUAUGGAUUUUAAUUAAAUUUUUAAACUAUUUUUAAACAAUGUUAUGCAAAUUAAUCACCAAAAGAAGUCUGAAAAUUUCUCUAGUCAUACAUUUUUGCGAAGAUUUUGUUCAGAAUAAUUUUAUUCAAAGAUACAUAAUUCAUGAAUUUUAAUGGGGCUUUUAUUUUAUUCCUUUUAAACUAACUAUAUUACAUUCGAAUUUCGGGAGUAUUCAAACGAUUUCAGGUUGAUUUGGUGAAAAGAAGCAUAAUUGUGGGGAAAAUCCAUUCAUGUUGUAUAAUACUAGCAGCUUAUCGAUUUUUUCCGUUUUCUAAAUUGUGUUCAGGAACGAAAAAAUUCUUAACCAAAUUAAAUGAAUAUUUAUUUCUUAGGAUAAUGUUCAAACCCAUAUGAAUGAUUUUGUAACGUUAUUUUUAUACAAAGGGAUUUUACUUUAAUACUGAAAAUUCACGUGUUAGUGAAACAAACCAUCUACUAUUCAAAAUUAUUUUCAAACAACCAAGUACUUGAUAAUCUUAUGACGUACUGUUUUAAGUAACCUGUAUAUAAAUUAAUGAUCAAAAUCAAUCAAUACUCAUCUGUACCUAGUGAAUGAAUGGAGCAUUUGAAUACAUUUUGAAGGUUCGGUGGAUUUUUCAGGAAUAACCAACAUAUUGGUUUGUUUGCCUAGACAACUUCACUUGCACCAUGUAUUUGAGAUAUUUAGUAUUUGUACUAAAGCCAUGACUCCCCCAAGGUGGAUCAACAGCACUUACUUCCAACUUGUGAUAUUGUUAUUGAGAAUCUUCAAUACAGUUCUAGUCAAAAUCAUGGUAUCUGUUUUUAUCGGUUCGAAUUAAUUUGGUUUAAAAGUUUGUUUCAUUCUACAAAUUGAUGUUUCAAUGACAUUAAUAUAAUAUUUUCUUUUAAUAGCUUAUUCUUUCUAGUAUAACUUUAAAAAAAACUGCUCAUAAUUCCCAAUUUUCAUCACAGGUUUUGAACCACAAAGCAAUAUAGGAGAAACCAAAAUAGAUAAGAUGUAGUCUACUUAUUGAAUAUAUUUUGUAGUAUAUUAACUAGGUCUACGGAUAUUUUAUUAUUCCAUAAUAAUUGAUGUCGAAAAAGUUCACAAUGUAGCCUCAAAUACAUAUUUUUAUUGAGGAAAUGACUGCCCAUCUGUGUACAAAAGUUUUUGGUCAAAUGUGUGUUGAUUGGUUUGGAGAAGUGAAGAAAUCAGUAUUAUUUGAGAUGAAAUUAGAAAAAUAUGUUGUUAUGAUUUUCACUGUAUCAGUGUUCUUUGAUAACAUAUUAUCAAUGGUCAAAGCCUUUUCUUGCAAUCCACUAUUUUUAUUACUAAUAUUUCAUUCAAACGGAAAUUAUCAAUUUUCACUUCUGAUCCAACAUUUUUUGGUGUCAAUAGUUGCUAUUCAAAACUGAAAAUGUUGUCAAAGAAAAUUGCAUCCAGAAUUAUUCACUUGUAUUAUAAACUGUAUAUAAUAUUUUCUAAAAGAUCCAUACAUGUGCAGAGUUUUUUUUUUUUCAAAGUGUUUAUUCAUAAUUGGCAUGAUUUCUCUGAAAUUUCAGACAUUUGUCAGCUCAUGUAAAUAGUUGAUAUUCUGCAAAUAGAAGUAAAUUAUUUGAUCAUAAAUUUCCUUCGGAAAUCUUUGCUAUAUAUUUUGUUGUGAGUCGUUCUACCAAUUCUUUGAAAUCUAAGGAUGCGAGCAGUCUUCCAUAGAUUCCUUACCUUGGUUACACGGGUCUUAGUUUUCUGCAAGUAACUAAAAUAUGGAGAUCAAGAAUAUAUUCUAUUAAAAAUAAGAGCACAUUUUAUAAUCAUCAAUUUGUUAAUAUAAAUUAUGAUGAGUAUGUACAUUAAGUUAUGAAAUUUUACAAUUUUCAGGCUGAAAUACAGAUGUCUGAAAUUGUACUUUUUAUACAGUUGCAGAUUUUUUAGGAACUUGUAAAUGUUGCAGGUUAUUUAAAGUAGAAUAUUAUCAUGAGACAUUAAGUUUUUAUGUCGAUAAUUGUUUAUUCAUGACCAUAUUUGAGAGGUAACAGAAAAUUAAUUUGACCAAUUAUAUCAAUUGUUUAAAGUUAUUUCCAAUGUAAAACUCCACGUUUGUAUUUCAAUAAAUUUAUAUUUGUAGA